AUAAUGAUGAUGAUGAUGAUGAUGAUAAUAAUAAUAAUAAAUAUAAACCCCUCCAUUCCCCACUAUCCCGUCCGAGCUGAAAAUGCUUCUUUUUAUUUUUAUUUAUUUAUUUAUUUAUUAUUUAUUUUAUUUUGCCACAACAAUAUAUGUAGGUAUCAUACAAAAAGAUUAUAUAGUAAAUAAACACAUAGCUCCCAUCACCAAUCUCCUUCCACUUAUGACUGUAUGACUAUAACUUGUUGCUGGCAAUCCUUAUGAUUUAUAUUGAUAUAUUGAUCAUCAAUUGUGUUGUAAAUGUUGUACCUUGAUGAACGUAUCUUUUCUUUUAUGUACACUGAGAGCAUAUGCACCAAGACAAAUUCCUUGUGUGUCCAAUCACACUUGGCCAAUAAAAUUCUAUUCUAUUCUAUUCUAUAUGACUAAAUAUAAGGAGGUAUAAGCAUAUAUAUAGGAAGAAGAAAAGAAAAACAAUAGGACAGGAACGGUAGGCACGUUUGUGCGCUUAUGCAUGCCCCUUAUGGCCCUCUUAGGAAUGGGGUGAGGUCAAUAGUAGAAAGUUUUUGGAUAAAACUUUUAGGAUUAUGGGAAGAGACCACAGAGUCAGGUAAAGUAUUCCAAGCACUGAUGAUUCUGUUACAGAAGUCAUAUUUUCUGCAAUCUAGAUUAAAGCGGUUGACAUUAAGUUUAAAUCUAUUAGUUGCUCUAGUAUUAUUGCAAUUAAAGCUGAAGUAGUCUUUAACAGGAAGGACAUUACAAUAGAUGAUCCACAUUACAAUAGAUGAUUCACAUUACAAUAGAUGUAAUGUGAUAGAUGUAUGUUCUUGGGUGAGAAGCGACACGUCUUCAAAAGAAAACAAAACACAGCAAGAAAGCCCAGUUGCCUCCUGAAAAAAAAAGCCCCUGUGAAACGAAACCGAAACUCGGGGGCCGAAAGCUGAGGGAGCCGCGGCUGCGUGUCCUUCGUACAAAGCGCCACCGCCUCUCCGCGGUGACUAUCCGAUGCUUCGGAGAGGCUUCCAAAGAAGCGAUAAGUCGUGCCGGAGUUCCCACCCUUUAUUCGCCCAGCCUCCGUCCUCCUUCCAGCCAAAGCCAAUUCCCUGCCCUGACAGCGCCGCAGUUUCGAUUUCCUCCCCAGGCACGCCUUCUCUUACGUUUGGAAAGUCCAGCCACCCCCCAAAAGCAGCCCCGGAGAGGACAAAAACGCGCGUUCUGCACAACUUGUCCAUUUUCCUUUGGGCGAUCUGAAGCCAGGAGGAUCUUUCACUCAUGCCGGCCUCACGGAAGAGACGCCCCGGCAGAGCCACUAGUCGUUCCCCGGCAGGCUCGGCUUCGAGACCUGCGAGCCGCCUCCAGAGGCCCGGGGAGCAAGUUGCCGAAACGAAGGUGCCCGAGUGGCGAUCCCAAGAGAGCGAUGGGUUGGAUUCUGCCGCCGUCUCCUCCCCGCCAGUCGGGCCCGCGUUGCUCUUGUUCCCGACGGCGAAGUACCACCGCAGCAUCUUCAAAGAGGAUCCUGAAGCCAUUUGCCAGAUCAGCUGUAAGCAAGGUUACUUAGCGAUGGCGCAGGCACCUAAAACCGUCCUCCUCUUCGGCUGGGCGCAAGACGAACCGCAUCAGCCCCUUGUGGAAAGUCGCAGAAGCAUCUACUUAAAAGAGAAGAUAAACUCACUGGAUUGUGAAGCGUCUCACCUGCUUAUUCUCUCAUCAAAUGGAAAACUUUCAGAGUAUGAUAUCACAACCAAAACCCCACAAAUAAGACUACUGAAAGAAUUAGGAAACAAACAAAUUAUUCAGAUUGCAUGUGGUGACUAUCAUUCCUUGGCUCUUUCAAAAGGAGGAGAACUCUUUGCCUGGGGUGAGAAUGCACAUGGCCAGCUUGGAAUGGGAAAUGUGAUGGGUCGCAUUAAGGAUCCACGGCUGGUAGAAGAAUUGGAAGGCAUUCCUUUGGUUAACAUUGCAGCUGGAUCUGCUCACAGCGUGGUUGUCUCUAUGUUUGGGACUGUUUACUCUUGGGGAAAGAAUACCUAUGGACAGCUUGGCCUUGGAGACAAAGAAGACAGAUGCAUUCCUGCCAGCGUGAAGGCAUUGAAGCAUAAGAAGACAGUUUUUAUUUCAUGUGGUGGCGAGCACACUGCAGCUCUCUCUAAGGAUGGAUUAGUCUCCACCUUUGGAUCUGGCUGCUAUGGGCAGCUUGGCCACAAUUCCACCUGCAAUGAGCUGUUUCCACGUCUUGUGGCAGAGCUGUUUGGUGCGCAAGUGACCCAGGUAGCGUGCGGAAGAUGGCACACUUUGGUUUAUGUCCCGGCUCUUGGGGCAGUAUAUUCAUUUGGUUAUGGAGCAGCAGGGCAACUUGGAGAAGGAAGAACAAAUGACCAGCUGGUUCCACUUCCGCUCAGUCUGGCUAUUCAUAAUAAGCACAUGAAGUCCAGAAGUACCUUGGACAAGGUAGUUAAAAUCAUUGCCGGAAACAACCAAAGUAUUGUGCUUUACCUGGAAGAAAAGAAUGCAUACACCAAUGUAACGCAAACACUGACCACAGUUGAGGAGGAAAAGGUUGCUAAGUGGUUGUCCAAUUCAGAUCCCAGCUGCUGGAGUAAUAUAAAAUGGAAUAUUAACUUGAUCUUCUCAUCGGCAGCUUGUAUCAAUGGCAGCUUUCUACAACAGAGAGAGGAAAAAUUCAGAACAUUUGAGGAGACUGUUGGUGUUGAUAUGUCAGCUGUUCUUCUUUUCUUUAAGAAGAUAGCCGCUAAGCCGAAAGUCUUCACAACGGUGAAAAAGGCUCUGAAGAGCCUUCUGUGUUGUCCCCUUCACUCUUCAACCUCGCUAGAAGCACUCAGGUUCUUCCUCAUUUUGCCCGUUCUUUUACAAAAUCAAGAUUCGGAUUCGGAUGAUCUCCUUAGUCAACUGGCAGAAGCAAUCUGGAAACUCCCACAGAAAGGCAAGCAAGCACUUGAAGCUCUAUGGUCCAAUUUAGAAGUGCGCUUCUUUAAGGAUCUGGUGUCCAUGUUUCAAAGGCUUAUUGGUGUUAACAUGUUUAUGUACGAUAAACAGCACAAUAAUUGGCGUUUCAACAAAAGCGGAUGUGCUAUACCCCUUAAGGUCUCCCAAAUGCUGUAUGAGGUAAAUUGCAGGUCUGGCUUCAAAAUUCAGGAAAGUAAUUUUUAUGUACCUGAAGUAAAGAAAAUAUUUUCACAAUGGGGUAACUUCCCAUUCGAUUACAAUUUCUUGUUACGGUUUGAGUCGACAUAUUCUGAUAUAAGUCUGGCUCUAUCUGUGUUCAGCCAAUUUCCUUGGAUCUUGAAUCUUGAAGAUAAAAUUGUGGUACAUAAAACCAAAUGCCAAAUGUUGGACUGGGAAUACAGAAAGAAAUGCAUUAUAACCUGGACAAUGAAUGUAAGGAAGCAGUAUUUACUACACGAUACCUGGCAUUCUCUAAGAAAUAUAGAAGAAAUUAGCUUUCAGCAAUUUUUUCAAGUGUAUUUUCAAGGCGAGCCUGACGUCAAGUAUGGGGGCCUGAUCCAGGAGUUCUUCACAAUCAUCAGCAGACAACUGUGUAGUCCAGAAGCACAACUAUUUAGGCACUAUGACGAAUCACACCGUAUUUGGUUCUCUCAUGAGGUAUCAACACAGGAAGACAUAUAUUUUUUAAUUGGGAUCCUGUUUGGAAUAGCACUCCAAAAUCAGAAGAUAAUUGCUUUACCCUUCCCUCUUGCGUUGUUCAAGAAACUGGUAAAUAUGGAGCCAACGUUGGAAGAUUUAAAAGAACUCUCGCCUACAGUUGGAAGUUCUCUUCAGGUUGUCCUGGAUGCACGUUAUGAAGACAUCCUUAAAAACAUGAUGUUUGAUUUCACGGUAGUAGAAGAGUGUAACGGAUCCAUAAUUGAGGUUGACUUGAAAGAAAAUGGUGCCAACAUACCUGUUACUUUAUACAACAGAAAAGAAUAUGUUGAUGCUUAUGUGAAUUACACAUUUAAUGAUUCCGUGAAGAAGCAGUUUGAGGACUUCCGACGUGGAUUUCAAAGAGGCUGCCCAAGUACAACGUGGAAAAUGUUUCUUCCUGUUGAGCUCCGCAAUAUCUUGUUUGGACAUACCACAUACGACUGGGACCAAUUAGAAAAGAAUGCCAAAUAUGAAGGUUAUGACAAGUCAGAUGAAACAAUCAAGAAUUUUUGGACAGUAUUUCAUGACCUUCCUGAAGAAAGCAAGAAGGAUUUUCUUGUUUUUCUCACAGGAACUGUUCACAUUCCAGGAGAAGGGAUGAACUCAAUAACUAUUGUUGACGUAGAUAAAGGAAACCAGGAGUUGCCCAAAAUUGACAGUUGCACUAGUCGUUUGUAUCUCCCGAGAUACACUGAUAAACACAUUCUUAAAAAAAUGUUACUGUAUCCUGUGGAGAACUUUAGGGACAUUGGCCUGGCCUGAAAGCCAGAUGUGGUCUUCAUUCUGCUAUGAUACUUGGACAUUUGGUUCUUACGCCCAGGAGGGCUAGAAUAAUUAAAUUCAGUAUCCCGCAUCACCAUGCAGUUUUCCUGAGUGAUCUUGAACGAGUGCGUCGGCAUGAUGGCAAAAGAGCAAUGAGCCUUUGUACAGACCAGUGAUUCUUGAAGAAGGAAAGAAUAAAUAGAGUUAUG